AUGCUCCUCGACAUCCAGCGCAAGUUUUUCACGCGCUCCGAGCGAGUCAAGUCGGUCGACUUCCACCCGACGGAGCCAUGGCUUCUUGCAGGACUGUACAAUGGCUCCGUGUUCAUUUGGAACUAUGAAACGGGCACGAUGGUCAAGUCGUUCGAGGUCACCGACGUGCCUGUGCGCUGCGUGCGUUUCAUUGCGCGCAAGCACUGGUUCGUCGUGGGCUCUGACGACUUUUUUUUGCGGUGCUACAACUACAACACACAGGAAAAGGUUGUUGCGUUUGAGGCGCACCCUGACUAUAUCCGCAGCAUUGCCGUCCAUGCAACGGGGCCGUAUGUGCUGACGGCCGGCGACGAUAUGACCAUCAAGCUGUGGGAUUUCGAAAAAGGCUGGCGUCUUGUGCAGACAUUUGAAGGACAUACGCACUUUGUCAUGUCUGUUUGCUUUAAUCCCAAAGAUUCGAACUCGUUUGCGUCUGCAUCCCUCGACCGCACCGUCAAAGUAUGGACGCUUGGCAACCCCACUGCGAAUUUCACUCUCGAGGCCCACGAGAAAGGCGUGAAUUACGUAGACUACUACCACGGCGCAGACAAGCCGUACAUGAUUACCACAGGUGACGACCGCACAGUCAAGAUCUGGGACUAUCUUACGAAAUCGAGCGUGCAAACACUAUCGGGACACACGUCCAAUGUCUCUUUCGCCGUCUUUCACCCGUCGCUCCCGCUGAUCAUUUCCGGCUCCGAGGACGGGCUUGUGAAGCUGUGGCAUGCAAAUACCUACCGACUCGAGUCCACGCUCGACUACGGGCUCGAGCGCUGCUGGUGCAUUGCCGACCAGAAAUCCAAGAACGACAUUGCGCUGGGAUACGACGAUGGGCUGGUCGCUGUGAAACUUGGAAAAGAGGACCCGAGCGUGAGCAUGGACGGGAGCGGCAAGCUUGUGUGGGCGCGCAACAACGAGGUGCUCGGCGCAAACCUCGCUGCGUCGCUCGAAGAGGAAUGCAUCGACGGCGAGCGCGUUCGUAUCUCUCCCCGCGAACUUGGCCACACGGAAAUCUUCUCGCAGCUCUUGCAGCACAGCCCCAACGGCCGCUUCGUCACCGUGUGUGGCGACGGCGAGUACACGAUCUACACCGCGCUCGCAUGGCGAAACAAGGCGUUUGGCGCAGGUCUUGGCUUUGCAUGGGCAACGGACUCGAAUACCUACGCCAUCCGCGAAGACUCGUCCACCAAGGUGCGUGUAUUCAAAAAUUUCAAGGAGCAGUCGGGCCUCGUGCUGGUGAAUUACGUCGUGGAGGACAUUGCCGGCGGCGCACUUCUCGCCGUCAUUGGCGUUGGCUUUGUGUGCUUCUACGACUGGCACUCGGGCGCGCUCAUUCGCCGGAUCAAUGUCGAGGCGCGCCAGGUGAUUUGGUCUCAAACGAACGAGCUUGUGGCGAUCACCACGGACGACUCGUUUUAUGUGUUGCGCUUCGACAAGCCCGCCUACGAUGCGUUCCUUGCGUCUGGUAUGCCCCUUGGGGACGAGGGAUUUGAGGAGGCGUUCGAGGUGGUCACGGAGAUUACCGAGCGCGUGCGCACCGGAAAAUGGACCGGCGAGUGCUUUUUGUACACCAACAGCGCCAACCGUUUGCAGUACUAUAUCGGCGAGCACUCGUACACCAUCCGCCCGCUCGACUCGGAGCUGUACGUCCUUGGAUACCUGCCCCAUAUGAGCCGUGUUUUUGCCGCAGACAAGGACAUGAACGUGUACAGUUUUGCACUUUCUCUCGCUGUGAUUGAGUACCAGACAGCGAUUUUGCAAGGGGACAUGGACGCUGCCACAGCGCUGCUUCCUCGCAUUCCGAUGGGCCAGCGAAACAGGGUCGCCAAGUUCCUCGAGGCCCAGGAACGCCCAGCGUUGGCGCUCCAAGUUGCGACCGAUGUUGACCACCGCUUUGAUCUCGCCGUCUCGCUGGAUAAAUUUGAUACCGCACUCGAGAUUGCGCGCACUGCGCCGGCCUCUGGCGCCGAAACUCGCUGGCGCACGAUUGGCGAUCGCGCACUUGCGCGCUGGAACGUGACGCUUGCACAAACGUGCUUUGUCAAGGCCAACGAUGUGCACACACUAUUCCUUAUUGCGUCCGCGAAGAAGGACGCUGCACUUUUGCGUCAUGUUGCCGAGGCUGCCAAAGCCAAGAGCGAGAUGAAUUUGGCGUUUGCCGCAUUCCUCCAAAUCCAGGACGUGGAUGCCUGCAUCGAUGUACUUUGCGCCGCGGGCCGCUACCCAGAAGCGGCAAUGUUUGCGCGCACAUAUGCUCCGCAUUUGGUACCUGCAUUGGUCGAGGGCUGGAAGGGGUCUUUUCCCAAGAGCCAGAAACAAUUGCAGCUGCGCGAGAGGAUCGCUGACCCUGCGCAGGAUGCGGCAUUGUUUCAGGAGGGGUGGGACGAUGCGUUGGCGCGAGAAAAGGCCUUGCGCGCUGGGGACGAGGCGGGGCUGCUGCGUUAA